GUACACACAAAAUUCCACUGCAGGCAAGCCCAUGCUCCAGGCACUGACACUUCAUGCUUGACAUUUUCUUAUGAUGGUACUGUCCUUGCCAGCCGGGGAGGAGAUGAUACUUUAAAAAUAUGGGAUAUUAGGCAAUUUAAAAAGCCUCUUAAUUCAGCGGAAAGACUGCCCAGCUUCUUUCCAAUGACAGAUUGUUGUUUCAGCCCAGAUGAUAAAAUACUUGUCACAGGCACCUCUGUUAAGAAAGGUGGUGGCAGUGGGAAACUUUUUUUCUUUUGUCGGGAGACAUUCCACAAGUUGUAUGAGAUAGAAGUUACAGAUGCGAGUGUUGUGCGUUGCCUUUGGCAUCCCAAGCUGAACCAGAUCAUGGUUGGUACAGGAAAUGGUUUGGCCAAAGUGUACUAUGAUCCUGUCAAAAGCCAGAGGGGAGCAAAAUUAUGCGUGGUCAAAACAAAACGAAAAGAGAGACAACCAGAGACUCUUACACAGGAUUACAUUAUAACACCUCAUGCACUUCCAAUGUUCCGUGAACCACGACAGCGAAGCACCAGGAAGCAGCUGGAGAAGGAUAGGCUGGACCCCAUGAAGUCUCACAAACCUGAACCACCAGUAGCAGGACCAGGUCGUGGUGGGCGUGUUGGAACUCAUGGAGGUACCUUGUCAUCAUAUAUAGUCAAGAAUAUUGCACUGGAUAAGACAGAUGAUAGCAACCCUCGAGAGGCCAUUUUACGUCAUGCAAAGGAAGCGGAGGAGAAUCCAUACUGGGUUGCUCCUGCAUAUGCUAAAACACAGCCAAAAACAGUUUUUGCAGAAGUGGAACCAGAAGAUGAUGAAACAGACAAGCCAGAGUGGAAAAAACGUAAAAUUUGAAAAAAUUUUUUUAAAGAAUAAUUUUAAAGCAUUUGAAAAAAAGUGCAGCAUUUAUUUCUUUAUUUUGGGUAGUGCGCCAAAAUUUGAAAGUAAAAAUUACUUCAGUUCAUAAAACUUGCUGCAGUGUAAAAAGGGAUCGUUAUAUUACAUGGCAUUGUAAUCCCAUAUCUGAAUUUUUAAAUAAGGAAUUAAUUAUAUGG